AUGAAAAAAUCUCAGAUAAGACCAAGUAAUCAUUUAAGUUCUCCAUCAAUAUCUCAUUAUAGAUCAUAGACAAGUGGUUCAGGUCUGAUAGAUCAAUCUAGAAUAUUGGAGGAGGCUAGUGAGAGAUUUUAAAGAACUUGGAAUAUAUUGGAGAGUGUUGAAGAGUUAAAAAGUGUACGUUAAGUAGUGAAAUAGAUAGAAACAGAGCCAAUUGUAUAAUAUGAUUGUCAAUUGGGAGGGACAAUAGUAUCUGGGAAAGUUUAUAAAGUAGCUCCAAUGGAGUUUUAUUAUUGUAAUAUAGGAAUGAGAGGUUAGAAAUCUCCAUUAAAUUGUACAAUGCAUUGUGAUGGAGAAUUUUAAAUAAUGAUUUCAUUUAAUUCUCCUUAUCCAACAAAAUUUAAUUGUGAUUAAGUAAUAAGAAGUAGAACUUGGGUAGUUAGACAUAAUGGUGAAGAUAAAUUACAUUUAGCAGUAGUAGCAAGGAAAUAGACAGAAAUGAAAUUUAUGUUUCAUUUUGGAUAAACAGAUUCAUAUCGUAAAUUAAUUCGAAUGACUAGUAAUCAUGAAAGAAUUUAAAUGAAUGAUGAUUUAACAAAGACACCUUAAUUUAUAGUGAAUUAGAAUAAAGUUUUAGCAUUUAAGAAGAUAAAUAAAUUUGAGAUGGAGGUAAGUAGAUAAGAUCGUUUUUUAUAAGUGUUAAAAACAAGGAAUAUGUAGAAGAAAUGUGUUAUGGAGACAAAUUAAGUUAGAAACUUUGAAUUUAUAGCAAAAAAGUGGUCACAUGCUGAGAUCUAAUUGAUUACAUAGGAAUUAAGAAGAUUAAAGAAACAAAAGGAAUAAAAAGAUUUAUGGUUUGAAAUACUUUAUUAUAUUAAACUUGUAAACUCAAUUAAAAUAAAGUUGAAGUGGAGGAGGAGGAAAAUAAUGAAGGAUGAGGAGAAUUUUAUAAUUUUAUAGGAGAGAGUUAAGUUAUUUAGAGAGAAUCAAUAAAGAGAUAGAGGAGAUAUAUAACAUAGAGUAAUUGGAGAUACAUUAAUGACAAUGAAUAUGUAUUGUAGAUAGGCAAAAAGGAGAUUGAUUCAUAAUUCUUUGGUGUUGGUUAUUCCAUUAUUAAAAUGGAGAGCAUCUUUAUAUAUGAUAAAAAAGAAAGCCAUGAUUACAAGUGCUAAAUUAUAAUUAAUCAAAGUGAAUUUGAAUCAAUUUAUAAAGAAUAUCAGAGAAUAUAAAGCAUAGAUGAUUUAAAAGUGGGAUUAAUAUACAAUGAAAAUCAAUUCUUAUCAAUCUCUUUAAAAAAUGGAUAAGAGAUUCAUUGUUUGGGUUAAAUUUUUAUAUGAAAAAGGAUAUUAAGCAUAUUUUUAGAAUGUUUUUAUUAAUCUAUUAAUGAGAGAUCGUUAUCGUUCUCAUAUUAAAGAAUAGAGGGAAAUUAAGAAAUUUAGAUAAGAAUUGAAGGCUGCAAAAUUAUAAUUGAAGUUUGCUAGAGAAACUAUAGAUAUUUUAACUUUGAGAUAAAGAAUUUUUAAAUUAAGCAAUGAUAUUUUUGCUAUGCAAUUAAAAAAUUAAUUUUUCAUUCAUUCAGAUGUAGAAAGAUUUGUAAAUUCAAUUCUUGAAUAGAGCUCAUUUAUCUUUUUAGAUGAGGAUACUAAUCAAUUAAAUUAAGAAAAACAAUCACGUAUUAGAGUGAGUAUGAAAAAAUAAAAGACAUUAAGAAUCUCAAAGAAUUCUUGA